CUGUGCCGUUUUUCAUCUUCCACCUCGCACGCGUUUUAUUGCACGUUUCGUUUUGAUGAGCAGCUUCGGCCGGCCAGUUUUCGUAGGGUUUCGGCCACUUAAACCUGUACGGCCGCAGGCUGACGGUGCAAACUGACCAGGUUGUUUUUCUGUUAUUGUUGUGUUUUCUACCUCUUUUUAGCAGUAUUCGCGAUCGUCGCAUCGCAUCGUCCAUCGUCGGCGUCUUCGUCAUCGUCGUCGUCGUCGUCGUCGUGGUGGUGCAGAGCGAGCAUUGUAUUUGGAUGGCAAGUAAAGCUAUUUUAUUGGCGCAGCAGUUGCGAAGCGAUUUUUUCACUGGCUAGACGCGUGUUCGCAAAAGGGCGAAUGUACCGUAGGGAUUGCAAAUCGGGCGGGAGCGAGUAGGAAAAAAAGAAACAGAAGAAGAAGGCUCGGAUCAACUCGCGACGGCUUGUGUGCCAGUGCUACGUGCAGACACGGUGUGGCAGGGCGUGGGUGUGUGUUAAGAAAACAACAACAAAAACAUCCGCGGCUAUUGUUGCAAUGUGAUGCACUCUCCGACACGACGCCACGUUUGGUGUGAAGAAUUGUACCUCUAUAGUGAUUGCGGUGCGGGAACGUACGUAGGGUACAUAUAGGCUCGCGUGUGACUGUCAGCGUGACAAAUGAUUGUUUUUGAUUUUUAUGAAUCAAGUUUCUCGUACUUCCGAGAUUAGUGGCGUGUGCUCCCCGAUGAAUUACAAUUAUCAUAAUAAUAUGCGAAUGAUUGGGUGUGUACAAAUUGAUACUGUUGUUAAGUUUUAUUGGUGAUAUCAAUAACAACGGUGUGUGCGGUAGUGCGGAGGAUUGGCUCCAGGUUGGCAGUUUUGAAGAGGAUUAGCUAGUAGCGUUUCACGGUUGGGGGAAUCGGAAAAGAAAGGAUGACGGACAUGAUUGACCUGAGGAUGCAUCAGCAUAUAGCACACGAAAUCUACCGGCAGCAGAUGAUGCAGAGGAUUCCCGGUAUGUAUCCUUUUCCAUCGAUGCUACCGGUUCCGGUGCCGCAGAUGCAUUCCAUGGUGCUGCCGCCCCGGUAUUCCCUGCCCGGCGUGGAGAUGAAACUGCAGAAUAAGGACCUGUGGCGGGAUUUUCACAAGAUCGGCACCGAGAUGAUCAUCACCAAGUGCGGAAGACGUAUGUUUCCCUCGAUGCGCCUCACCGUGGACGGGUUGGACGCGGACACCAAUUACUGCGUGCUGCUGGAGAUGAUGCCCAUCAGCGACUGCCGGUUCAAGUUUAGCGGAUCCCAGUGGGUUCCGGCGGGUGGCGCCGAGCCGCAGAGUCCACAACGGUUUUGCCUCCAUCCGGACAGUCCCGCCCUCGGGACGCACUGGGCCUCCCAGCCGAUUGUGUUCAACAAGGUGAAGCUCACCAAUAAUACACUGGACAACAAUGGACACGUUGUGCUGACCAGCAUGCAUAAGUACCAGCCGCGGAUACACAUCAUCCGGACGGCGGAUCCAUCGCAGAUUCCGUGGGCUGCCCAACAGGCGUUCGUGUUCCCUGAGACGGAGUUUGUUGCUGUUACUGCCUAUCAGAACGAUCGAAUAACCAAACUGAAGAUCGAUAACAACCCGUUCGCCAAAGGAUUCCGCGAGACGGGCCAGUCCCGCUGCAAGAGGAAGCUGGGCAGCAGUAGUGGCAGCAGCAAUACAUCAACGUCAUCUUCCUCGUCGUCGUUGUCGUCCUCGGGAACAUGUGGCCAAAUGACAGAUGACGAGGAUCGCAACGAUCUGCAACAGCUCCACGAGGCAAAGCGGGCCAGAUCAAACGAGUUGUCCGAUCCGAUGGACCCCGGGCGGCUGCUGAUGGGAGGAGGAGAAGGAGGAGGGUUGGACGAUGGCAUGGGGUCCGACGUGCUGCGGUUGCACAUGCAACGAAGGUUCCCACCCGGGUCCUCAGCGGCAGCUGCCGCCGCCAACGAACUACUGAUGCGUCAGUACAAUCAAAUGUUUAAUCCCAGCUGGAUGGAUCUGAUGAUACCGUACUUCGCUCGAAAUCCUUACCAUCAACCGAUGGGACCGCAACAUGCUCCUCCUUCGCAAAUGGGACAUCCCUUCCUACCGAUGGUGAAUCAUCAUCCGCAAGCGACGCUACUUCCUGCCCCGGUGGCGCCGCAAAUAUCACCCACGGAGUCCAUUCCCGAGUCAGACCGAUCAUCGGCCUUCAGCGUGACGCAACCGUUGAGUUCGGAAGAUCUGCCGCCAGUUCGAUCAUCACCUGCCCCUCGGUUGGCAUCACCGGUGGAGUUGCAUUCUGCCAGCAACGGUGGCAAUGCUCCUCCCAGUGAUCAACGGGAUGGCAAUAACGAUGAUAGUAAGAAGGUGAACUUCAGUAUUGCUUCCAUUUUGCUCUUAUAGGACUGCUAGUGUGAGUGUUUGUGAUUUAGAUUUUGCGGUUUCUGUAUAAUACUCCUGUGUGUUUAUAUUUAUAACUCCUUCGGACACCUCAUUGUCAAGUGCCUUUGCAUUUUUACGAGAAAGUAUUGAGAUUGUGAAUAGAAUCUAUUGCUUUGAAUAAAUGA